AUGGCGCGGAAGCGGGGAAAGAUUCUCCAUUAUAAUCACUAUGAUUUAGAGCAAGCUUUGAAUGCUGUUAAAGCUGGAGACUCUAUACGAAAUGCAGCAUUAAAAUUUAAUGUACCGAAAAGCACUCUCGGCGAUCGAAUUUCUGGUCGUUUCGAUGUGAUUAAACCACGCCACGGAAGACCACCUGCUAUCCCUGUGGAAAUCGAGGACAAAAUUGUCAACUCCGUGAAAAUGGCAGCAAAGUUGGGCGUUGGACUCAGUAGAAAGAGUAUCUUAUUAAGGACAAAAGUGCUUUGUCGAAGGAUCAAACUUGAAACCUCAUACACCAAUUUCAAGGCCGGAAAGGAUUGCUGGGAGGGAGUAAAGCGUCGCCAUCCCGAGUUAUCAAUAAGAAAACCGGAAAAAUGGUCUGCCGUGAGGGCGAGAAUGCUCAACCCUGUGGUUGUUGACAACUACUUUGACGAUUUAAAUCAAAUUGUUAAUGGAAUGCAAAUAGGUCCGGCUCAAAAGUGGACCUGCGACGAAACUGGAUUGAAUUUUGAACAUAGUCCGGUGAGAGUAGUUGCCGAACGAGGAGCAGCAGUGGUGAGCAAGACCAGUCAAAAGUCCAGCAACUUGACCAUUAUGGCAUGCGUUAACGCGGCAGGUAAAGCAAUGCCCCCUCUCAUAAUCACAAAGGGGAAAACAGUCAGGUCCCUACAUGGAUUCAAUACCACAGACGCUCCAAGCAAUGCCGUCUGGAGUUUUCAGGAAAAUGGUUGGAUAACUGAUGAAAUUGGAGAAAAAUGGUUUAACACUGUUUUUUUUCUAAAACACUGCGGACCGCAACGGCCUCAGCUGUUAAUCUUUGAUGGUCAUUCGUCCCAUGAAACGCUUGCCAUCAUAGAGCGAGCAAUUGAGGAGAAAAUUGUCCUUUUGUCCCAUCCUCCCCACACUACUCACUACUUGCAGCCUUUGGAUCGCUCUGUGUUUGGUCCAUUAAAGAAAGCAUACAGCGCUCAUUGCUCAGAGUUCUUGUCCGAACAUCCUCUCCACAAGCACACUUUUCCCUCAUUGCUCACAAAGGCUUGGGACGCUGCCUUCACGAUGAACAAUGUACAAAGUGGGUUUGCUGCGUGUGGUAUUUGGCCACUGAACAAGUCGGUCAUUCCAAGUGAGGCUUACGCACCAAGCACAGUAACAGAUGUCCCACCACCUACACGCCCAUCAACAGAUUGUGUCCCUAGCACUCUGACUACCACACAUAAGGAAAUUGCUGCCAACAUCCAACACAACCUGACAAGCAAUGGCGCAUGCGCUAUAGGUAGCCCUCCAGUGUUUGUUACUGGGGCUAUGUCUAUGUCAUCCAUGAUUGAAGUCAUCGACCUGUCGGACCCUGCAAGUCUACUGAAAUUAAUUUCCAGCGGCUAUCCACUUAUGGAAAAUGAAGAUGAUAACUCGUUUACCGAGAUAGAACUUGAUAAUUCCCCUGACAUCGAUGGAAUUAAAAAAUAA